CUGUGUCUGACUCGAGCCGUCCGAGCGCAGCCGCUCCGGUGGCCGUGCCGCGGAGGCCAUGGCCGGGUGGGGGUCGUUCUACCGGGGCGAGGGGCCGGAGGAGGACGAGGAGCUGCAGCAAGAAGAGGAGGAGGGGGCUGAAGCGGCCGCGGACCACAAGUUUUCGGGCCGGGACAGCCUCAUUUUCUUGGUGGAYGCCUCCAAGGCCAUGUUUGAGUCCGAAGGGGACGCAGAGAUUCCCUUCGACAUGACCAUCCAGUGCAUCCGGAAUGUGUAUACCAGCAAAAUUAUCAGCAGUGAGAGGGACCUCUUAAGUGUUGUGUUCUUUGGUACAGAAAACAACAAGAACGCGGCAGAUUUCAAGCACAUUUAUGUUCUCCAGGAGCUGGACAAUCCGGGUGCAAAACGUGUUCUAGAGCUGGACCAAUACAGGGGAGAUGAUGGACGAGCACUUUUCCGGGAGAACUUUGGCCACAACGCUGACUAUUCACUGGGCGAGGCACUCUGGGCCUGCUCGAAUCUCUUCAGUGAUGUCCGAGUCAGGCUGAGCCACAAAAGAAUCAUGCUCUUCACCAACGAGGAUGAUCCUCAUGCCAAUGAUAGUGCCAAAGCCAAGCUGGCCAGGAUCAGAGCUGGUGAUCUGAGAGACACGGGUAUCAUCUUGGACUUGAUGCACUUGAAGAAGCCUGGAGGGUUUGAUAUUUCUUUGUUCUACAGGGAUAUUAUAAAUGUAGCAGAGGAUGAGGACCUUGGGAUCCAUCCUGAAGAGUCAGAGAAACUGGAACAUCUCAUGAAGAAAGUACGAGCAAAGGAGACAAGGAAAAGGACUUUAGUCAGGCUAAAUCUGCAUCUGAGCAAUGAUGUAGCAUUUUCUGUUGGUGUUUACAACCUUGUUCAAAAAGCCUAUAAACCAUAUCCAGUGAAGCUUUAUCGGGAAACUAAUGAACCAGUUAAAACCAAAACAAGGACAUUUAAUGGAAAAACAGGCAGCUUGCUCCUGCCCAGUGAUACUAAAAGGGCUCAGACAUAUGGAAACCGACAGAUUGUGCUGGAGAAAGAAGAGACAGAAGAAAUAAAACGGUUCGAUUCUCCAGGUUUGUUUCUGAUUGGUUUCAAACCACUUUCAACGCUGAAACAGCACCACCACAUCAGGCCAUCCCAGUUCAUCUAUCCUGAGGAGUCCCUGGUGAAAGGCAGUACAGUGCUAUUUAAUGCCUUGCUGAUGAAGUGCUUGGAGAGGGAGAUGAUGAUGCUGUGCAGAUACACUGCUCGCCGGAACAUCCCUCCUCGCUUUGUGGUCCUGGUUCCCCAGGAGGAAGAGGUGGAUGAGCAGAAAGUGCAGAUAGCCCCUCCAGGUUUCCACAUGAUUUUUCUACCCUAUGCAGAUGACAAACGUAAUGUUGAUUUUACUGAAAAUGUGCCAGCCAGCCAAGAGCAGGUUGACAAAAUGAAGGAAAUAAUUCAAAAGCUGAGGUUCAAAUACAGGACUGACAGCUUCGAGAACCCAGUUUUGCAGCARCACUUCAGGAAUUUGGAGGCUUUGGCACUGGAUAUGAUGGAACCAGAACAAGCUGAGGAUCUUACAAUGCCAAAGUCUGAACAGAUGAGACACAGGCUGGGCAACCUGGUGGAUGAGUUUAAGCAGCUGGUUUAUCCCCCUGACUACAAUCCUGAAGUGAAGGCCAYAAAGCGAAAAGCUUCUGAUGGUCAAACUGAGAAGAGGCCCAAGAUAGAAGUCUCAAAAGAUGAGCUACGGAGUCAUGUGCAGAAGGGCACUCUAGGCAAGCUCACUGUACCUGUCCUGAAGGAUGCAUGUAGGUUUUUGGGGUUGAGGGGUGGAAGCAAGAAGCAGGAGUUCAUGGACGCUUUAAUUGAAUACUUUAAUGAGCGCUAAACUGGAGAGGAGAACCCUGGUUUACUUCUGUCUGCUUAGAAUUUUGAUUGUCUUAUGUGGGUGCUGUGUCUGUUUAAUCUUGCAGUGAAAGAGAAGGCAACUAAAUGUUGCUCUGUCUAGCAGUGGAGAAACUUUUUACUCCUAGUUGUGAAACUUCUCUGCAAAGUUGGGAUUCUGUUGACAGUAGACAAAGGCAGAAAGAAAUUCUCUGUAAACUUAGGUCACCCACUGCACGUGAACAGUUGUGCCUUGCUAGUUUCUUAAUAAAAGAUAUUUUGGACUUUUUCCUUUGCAA